UGUCGAGUUUUGCUUUUUCGCCUUUUUGUUUCGCGUCUGCCUCUGUUUAUAUGGCUAAGACUCGAUGCCUUCAUCUUCAGUUCGUCCACAUCGGUCACCACGAUUGGAAAAGGAAUAACUGAGUUUAUUCCAUUGUAAAAUUCAAAACACCUUAAUAUUUACUGGCGUUUCUUGUGUCAAAUAAACCAUAAAACUCGUUGCAAAAUGGCGCGUGCAGCUUUGUGCAUGGCCGUCGCUUGCAUCUUUUUGCAAUGCGUGUACUCUGCCAAGUUCGAUGAUCAGAACCGUCGUCUGAUUCUCGACAUUGACGAUCAAAAGACAACGAACCGUCAGUACUAUUCGUCAAACAUUGACACAAAUGCCUAUCGCUAUGGCUACGAUGUCGGCAAGACCGGCAACUUCCAUCACGAGACCCGUGGUCCCGAUGGAGUCACCUACGGCUGCUACGGCCUGAUCGACCCCUACCACCUCCUCCGGGCAACACACUACGUGGCCGAUGCCCACGGCUACCGCACCGUGGAGCCGGAGAUGCCAGUGGAGACCUUCCCGCCACAUCUGUACAGCGAGACCAACGGCGGUCCAUCGGAGCCCGGCAUUGUCCUCCAAUGGGAGGAGCUGUACUUCCCCAUCGGCUGUGGAAAGUUUGCGAAUGGCGCCCAGCACGGCGUUCCAUUCUUCCUAGAAGAUUUUAAGAACAAGGGCGGUAGCAACGAUGCGAUACCAUCGUUCUCGGCCAACACAAUUGUGAUCAAGGGCUCCGACCAGAAGAGUCUGCCCAUCCACAAGCCCACGGGUCCACUGGUGCCGCAGGGCACGGGGAUCUUUGGCACGGACAAGGGUCAUUCGGAUCUCAGCCAUCCCGGGGAUCAGGCGCCGUCCUUCCAUUCGGUGAACACCCUGCUACCGGGCAGCAAUAAUGAUGGCCAGUACGUGCCGGAUAAUAAUCCCUAUGUGCAUGUGAUUGGACCCAAUGGCGGUAAUGGAGGCAAUGGAGGCAGCGGCUCUGGCGGCGGUUUCGGUGGAAACGGAGGAUUUGGAGGCGUUGGCGGUUUCGGACUCAAUGGACCGGGUGGUCCGAAUGGCCCAAAGGGACCCAAGGGUCCGCCGGGACCACCGGGACCACCUGGCGGCUUGGGUCCGGUCGGCGCGGGAGGAGGAGCCUCAGGAAAACCGGUCUAUAAGGAUGGCGAUCGCACUGGCCUGGGCGCCGGUUCCGGAAUCGGUUCUGGUGAUCGCAUUAGCACCGGAAACGGCGGCGGUGUCGGUGCUGGCGACCGUUACACCACCGGAAACGGUGGCGGUGUCGGUGCUGGUGACCGUUACACCACCGGAAACGGUGGUGCUGCCGGUUCCGGCGAUCGCUAUACCACCGGAAACGGUGGCGCCGUUGGCACUGGCAGCGGUUUCGGAAUCGGAGCCGGUGGCCAGUAUCGCCCGGAUAAUGAGGGAACCUACACGAGCACCUACACGCACACAGAGACCGGUUUUCCUGGGGCCAUUCCAUACACUCCAGAUAACGGUAAAUAUAAUGGCAACAGCGGACGCUAUAACGGUAUUAACGAUGGUCGCUAUUAUCACGAUGAUUCGGGCAAAUAUGUUCACGUUGAAGGCCCCACUGGACCACCAGCACCCCCAUAUGUCCACGUGGUUGGACCCGAAGGCGGAUUCGGCGGCAAUGGCGGCAAGGGAGACGGCGGCGGCGUAGGCCCCGGCGGCCCAGGAGGACCUAAAGGACCUGGCGGCCCCAAGGGACCCAACGGACCCAAUGGACCACCCGGCCCACCUGGACCACCCGGACCACCUGGACCACCCGGACCCAAGGGACCCACUAAGCCCGGCCCAUUCGGACCUCCGGGACCACCCGGACCUCCUGGACCCACUAGGCCCGGACCUAAGGGACCACCCGGCCCACCUGGUAAGCCAACUUACUCACUUUUUUUGAAUAACAGAUGUUAGAAGAAAUCCGUUUGAAUUGCAGGACCUUCUCCCAACGAUCCCCGGUACUCGGACAAGGAAACGCCCGGCUAUCUGCCACCAAACCAACGGGGUAAAAUCACGAAACCACCUCCAUCCUACUCACAAGUCAUUGAAAUUGAACCACCAAAAACAGUCUAUAAGCCGAAUUACGAACAAAAUAAUGAUUAUGCUAUUAAGAAACCAUCCGUAACGACAAAGCCACCACUAACAUAUAUUCCUCCUUCUUCUCCCAACACUCCAAAACCCUAUGUACCCGCUCCCGUUCCCGCUCCCGUUCCCGCUCCCGUUCCCGUUCCCGCUCCUCGACCGCCGUCCCAAAAAAUAACCACGACGAUCGUACAACCAAAGGUUCCCGUCGCCACUAUUGAGAAGGAUAAGCCACAUAAGAGCGUUCCCACACCGCCAGUGACAACGGGUAAUAUUGAAAACCACACCUACUUGCCACCACCACCACCGACUCCCAAAUACGUGACCCAGACCAAGACUCCGACUCCCAUACCGGUUCGCACUCCGGCCCCGAUUCCCAUCCAUUACGAACCCUCGACUCCAAGACCCUUCGAAAAGGUGGUGACCCAACCGCCGCAGAUCCAAUACCAUACACCACAGCUGCCACCCGUGGUGGUGCCCAAACAACCAGUGACUGUUCCGUACAAACCCGUGACUCGACCACCAACCGUUUACGUUGAACCGAAAGUAACGCCACGUCCCUCUCCCCCAUUGCAUGUGCCAUCGAUCAGCGAUCAGUCCUGUGUUUGUAACGCCGAUAAGACGCACUCAUCGAAAAGCACCCUUACCUCAACCACUACCACCACCACCACGAACUCCUAUCCCAAUCCCGCCUCCGUUGACUUUAAUAAACAAUUUUCCGGCUUCAAUGGACAAGCAAACUUCGGCAGCAUAAUAAACGCCAUGUCACUCACCCAAUUGCCGGUGAUACCACAGGCCCCCGGACAGCCGGCCUUCUAUCCGCCGGAUAAGAUUCCCAAGGGAGCCGUUAUCGCCCUAAUGCCAGUGGUCAUCCUGCCGCAAGAGUACUACUCCAACUGUGAGGAGAACUCGAUUAACCAACACACGAACAUCGAUUCCUUCCCGCUGGGCGUUCAGCCUGGCGUAUCCUUCAGCCUUCACUCGGUGCUGACGGGUUCGGCGCCCAAGGAUCAGUGCAUGUGCCCCUGCUCAUGCACCCAGAAUCUGCCGUCCAAACUGCACAAGAAACGCGAAGCCAGCGAUGCUGAGGCUCCGCUGGAGGUCAAGGCUGCGGAACCCGUUGCCGCCGCCUCUGAAGAGGUGAAAACCCUGGCCGAACCCGUUCCAGCCGCCUCCGAAGAGGUGAAAGUCCAGGCCGAACCCGUGCCAGCCGCCGCCGAAGAGGUGAAGGUCCUGGCCGAACCCGUGCCAGCCGCCUCCGAAGUGUCCAAGGCUGAGGUUCAGCCAGCAGCCGCCGCCUCCGUGGAGGAUAAAGCCCAAGUGGUGGAGCCCAAGCCCGCAGCAUCCGAAGAGGUGAAGGUACAGGCUGAACCCGUUGCAGCAGCCAGCGAGGAAGUGAAAGUGAAAGCUGAACCCGAAGCAGAGAAAGUCCUGGCUGAACCCAAACCCGAAACCAAGGCGACUAGCGAGACGAACUGAGACAAGGACGAGAGGACAAUCCAAUUCCCCUCCCAGAUCCCGCUUCAAUCCCUAAAUCCCAACCUCGAUCCUACCUCCUCCUCGAAAAACUAAACCUAGUCUAAGUGUUUUUAAUGUCUGCCAGGCAGGGCCAACCAGCAUUUAAGAAGCGUAAAUCGAAUGAUUUGAUUGAUUUGAUGAUGGAGCACCCAGUUAAUGUGUUCGCUUUUUCGUGUGUUAAAUUUCGAAAACGAUGAUAAACGGUUUUGGUAAAUGCACUCCAAACCGCCUGUCCACGAUGAAUUUCGCAGCUCUCCAAUGUAAUAUCUCCCUCAGAUACUAUUUGUGAUCUAUACUUAUCCUUAGGAGAGCACUGUGAAUUGGCAAAAAAAAAAAGAGAGAAAAUUGUUUUGUGACAUGUUGUUUAUUAUGCAUUUGUGUAUGCUUUUUAUUUUUUUAUGAUUUUGUUCACUCUUAUUUCUUUAUGAUUUUUAUCAGCUUUAGUUCUUAGUUUAUUUAAUGUCUACGCUAAUCGUGAUUGAGACGGAAUAAUGAAUUGUUAUGUCAAAAGAGAAACACUGAAAUUAAAUAAAAAUUUUAAGAAAAUGCA